AUGGAGAUCCCCGGCUCCACGCCUCCGCUCAUCCAGGAGAUGUUGGAGAACUCUGAGGGGCUGGAGGGCCAUGAAGCUGUGGGGAUGAAAGGAGGGGGAGGGGGAAGAGUAAAGGGGGAGACAAAGAGAAGGAAGAAUCAGAGCCACCGUCAUCGCCGAAAUCAGUCCCCUCUCCAACCAAGAGCCCUGCACCCUGUUCGCCCUCUUCUCCCUCUGACUCCACCUGAGGUUAUAGGAUCUGCAUAUUUUCAUACAGGGCCUCCCCCUUUUGGCAGAGUGUGGUACUGCAAGAAAACUACCAACACAGCAGAUUCAGAGCAGAUAAAAAACUAA